ACUGAUCCCCACACACAUCCCAAACGGGAGGAGUGAGCAACGACAACACAGCACAGCAAGCUGUUAUUACAAGUACAAGGGGAAGAAGGGAAUGAGGUGAGGACGGCGGAGGAGGAGGAAAGCUGAAGAUCUGGAUGGAAGAAGGAGGAAAAAGAGGAAGAAAGAUCAGAUAGAGGACAGCAAUCCCUGUAAGAGGAUCUCAGACAAAGCCAAUCUGCCUGUCCAGGAGGAGCUGGAGUGCUUUUGGCUGAGGUCUUGACGUCUUUAUAGAGCAAGUGAUGAGUGCUUCCCAUGCAGCCCUUACUCCACUGACUCCUUCUAUGGAAGGCCUGCCCCCACUACCAAAGAGCCUCAGUGGUCUGCUAAAUUCAAGCGGCGGUUCAGGGUGGCGAGAUCUGGAGAGAGUCUAUGCUCAGAAGUCCCGUAUUCAGGAUGACUUAAGUCGUGGAGGCUCCACUGGCACCUCUCAUUCACUACCAAAGCCUCCUAACCUUGAUGCUGCAUUGGCUUUGCUUAGGAAAGAGAUGGUUGGCCUAAGACAACUCGACAUGUCUCUCCUGUGCCAGCUAUAUUCACUUUAUGAAUCAAUUCAAGAAUAUAAAGGUGCUUGCCAGGCUGCUUCCAGUGCAGAAUGUUCCUACGCGAUGGAGAAUGGAUUUUUUGAUGAGGAAGAAGAGUACUACCAAGAAGCCAGUGCUCUUCAUAAAGGUGGCAGAGAAGACUCUGAAGGAAACCUUGUUUUGACUGUACCUUCCCUUUCCAAUGAGGAUUGGAUACUAGAGAACAUUUAACAAAGGAUGCUGGACAUUUCCCACCUUGCUUUUUUCUUCCCAGCCAUUUUUGAUAGGAACGUGGUUUGUUAACCAUAACAUAAACAUUUUCAGGCAUGCUUUUAAAGAGUGCUCUGUUCCCGCUCACCAUUGUGGACAAUAAUGUUGCUACGAGCAACUUGAAAGAAUCUUUCAAGUGCCUUUGACAUCCGAAAGCACUUAU